ACCGUUUGAACGUGAAACCUUUUCAAAAUUAACCCAUUUUCAAAUUGCUUUUUUACAAAACACCACCUCCCUCAUAAUAACAUUUAUCCAUUGUAAUCUCCGACCGAAAAUCUCUUAUCCCUGUAAAAACACAGACACCAUUAUUUACUCCUACGAACUCUUCCCCGACAGUAAAGUACAACAACAUAUUGCCGACAUUUCAUUUGGAUUUACCCCCACUUUUUACUGCGUAAAGGUAUGGAAUUCAAGAAACAUGCGUUCUCCGGUCAGUUUUCCGGCCAGUUAUCGCCGAGAAGGAAGUCUACCGGUUUCUGUUGGCUGUGGGCUCUGGCUACAUUCUUCAUGCUUGGAGUUGCUCUUCUCAACUUCUCAUUCAAAGCUCCGUUUAUGAAUUCUGUGCUUCAGGGGCUUAGCAACAACGCCGCCGGGGAAAAUCUUCGGGAUUUCUCCGGUAAGAAGAAAGAAGGGCCAUGGAAGAAAACCCGUGAGUUAAACCCGUCAGAGAUUGGUAAAAACGUGAACUUUACCAAACAGGAGAAGAGUAGUGUCGGUUGGUUUUCUGGGAACGGUAAAAAUGUGAGUUUUUCAUCACUUGAAGGGCAAAAUGGUAAUCAGAGCAAAGGUCCAGUUUUGAUAAAAGGAAGGAGUUUUCAUGGUGAUUGUGAUAUCUUUGAUGGUGAAUGGGUAAGAGAUGAUACAAAGCCGUAUUACUUUCCUGGUUCUUGCCCUUAUAUUGAUGUGGAUUUUGACUGUCAUCUCAACAAGAGGCCAGAUGAAGGGUAUGUCAAAUGGAAAUGGCAACCAUAUGCAUGUGACAUCCCAAGCCUCAAUGCGACCGAUUUUUUGGAGAGGAUGAGGGGUCAGAAACUUGUAUUUGUGGGUGACUCAUUAAACAGAAAUAUGUGGGAAUCUCUUGUAUGCAUCCUUCGCCAAGGUAUUAGUGACAAGAACAGAGUUUUUGAGAUAUCAGGAAGGAGUGACUUCAAAAAGAAGGGGGUUUAUGCAUUCAGAUUUGAGGAUUUUAACUGUUCUGUGGACUUUGUUAGCUCUCCAUUUCUUGUAAGAGAAUCUUCUUUUGAAGGGGCAAGUGGUUCUUUUGAGACACUUAGGUUGGACUUAAUGGACAGCACUACUUCUAUGUAUAAUGAUGCAGACAUCAUUAUCUUUAAUACUGGUCAUUGGUGGACUCAUGAGAAAACCUCUAGAGGUGCAGACUACUACCAGGAAGGCAAUCAUGUGCACCCACAACUCAAGGUUCUUGAAGCAUAUAAGAGAGCGCUUUACACUUGGGCAAGGUGGGUGGAUAAGAACAUUGAUGCAAGAAGAACUCAAGUUUUCUUUAGAGGAUAUUCGCUUACACAUUUCCGAGGAGGUCCAUGGAACUCUGGGGGGCAAUGCCAUAACGAAACGGAACCAUUUUUAAACAAAAUGCAUUUGGAGAAGUACCCUUCCAAGAUGCAAGUUCUUGAGCAAGUGCUUCACGAUAUGAAAACACCUGUGGGAUAUAUGAACAUUAGUACGCUUACGGACUAUAGGAAGGAUGGUCACCCUUCCAUUUAUAGAACCAAUAAUCAAAGUUCUUUGCAAGCUCAAGAUUGUAGCCAUUGGUGCCUGCCCGGAGUGCCAGAUACAUGGAACGAGUUGUUGUACGUGUCUCUCUUAAAGAAUGGGAGGGGAUCAUGGCGGAAUCUAGACAACCAGAGUUAUGUAUCAUGACUUUAUACGCGGUUAAGAAGUGUUAAACCAUCAUAUUGGUUAAGGAAAGAAGAGCUAGAGUUUAUCAUGUACACUUCAUUUAGCGAAAUUGUAUACACCUAUGACCUAUCUUGAAGUUCAUUUGUCAAUCAAGAAUGGGUGCAAUGGCAGAAUAGGUACAAUGGCAGAGCUAAGGGGUGGUCUCAGCCCCCAAUAUUUUUGGGUGUACUUACAUAAUUAUAAAUACAUAUUAU